AUGGCGAGUCUUCUUUCCUUUUCCACGGUGACAAGCGCCCAAACCGACCGCCCCGCUGUGGCUUCCGAACUUCGGCCGAAACUUCUGACCCGCUCGGACUUGGCUCGAGAGGCAGAGCUGGAAUGCCUCGGCCAACAUCUCGCGGGCGUCAGCGCAGGCAAAGCGAUGUCGGGGGCGUGGGCUUUUUCGUGGCAGGACCUGGCCGUGCAGCUUCGGGGUGAGCCUUUGGUGGCAGCGCCGGCGCGGAAAGCCUUCAAAGGUUUGAGCUCGCAGACCUCCCAAGGACCUACCAACAUUGCCCAGGCCUCCGGCCGCUUGGCGGCGCGCGGCGCCGCACUGUCCGAGGCUUUGGGCGAGGAGGUGACAGGCCGGGUGGAGGAGCUAUGCCCCCAGGGCAUUGCUAACGCUGCGCGGAGCUUCGGGACUGCGCAGUCGGCGUCCGCGAAGGUCUACGAAGCCCUCGCAGGCCGCCUCACGGAGGAUCCUUCGGCGCAGAACCUGGCAAAUGCGGCGCGAACGCGGGCGGCCGCCAAGCUGUGCGACCGGCAGGUCUUCGCGGCCAUCGCUGACCACGCAAUUCAGAAGAUCAGCGAGUUUCAGUCCCAGGGCCCGGCGAACCUUGCGCGAUGGCUUGCCAGGACCGCCCUCUCGAGCCGGCCUUCGCUCCGAGCAGCUGCCCGCCGCGCGGAACAGGUCAUGGACACCUUGGACCCCCAGAACUCGAGCAACGCAGCGCGAGCACCUGCCACCCUGGAGGCCUUUGACCGGCCGCUGAUGGCGGCGGCUGCCGCAGAGGCGAUUCGCCAGAUGGGGGCCUUUCGACCACAGCACCUGGCCAACCUCGGAUGGAGGCCUGGCAGCCUUCGGGAGAGCAGAUGGGAGCCGGCCGCCCGGGCCAUGGCGGAGCGAGGCGCUGAACUGUGCCACGAGUUUGACCCCCAAGGCACAGCCAACCAGGUGUGGGCCUUUGGCAGGCCCGGCUAA